AUGGCGGAGGAGAAGAGGGCGUCAUCGUCGUUCGUGAAGAAAGGCGACCGGCAAAUGUUCACGGUGGAACUCCGGCCUGGUGAGACCACUAUAGUUUCGUGGAAGAAGCUGAUGAAGGACUCUAACAAGCCUAACGGAUCCAAUUCGGCACCACAACAAGUCGCAAUCGCUCCGGCUUUUGAUACCAAGUUCUCAUUUCAUGCUUCCGUGCACCAUUCCUCCUCCCACAAAAUUGUUUUCCAGGCUCUUUUAUAUUUCUCUGCCCACUUUUUUAAGGGUCAACCUGUUGAAGUUGAAGAAACCGAUCCUUCUCAACCAAACCGAUUCAGUGCUGUAAUAGAGAAGAUUGAACGCCUUUACAUGGGCAAGGAUAGCAGUGAUGAUGAGGAUCUGCUUGAUGUUCCUGAUGAUGAUCAGUAUGAUACCGAAGACUCUUUUAUAGAUGACGCAGAAUUGGAUGAAUAUUUUGAAGUUGAUAAUUCUGCAAUCAAACAUGAUGGGUUCUUUGUAAAUAGGGGGAAACUGGAACGCAUAAACGAACCUGCUGCACCGCCUAACCAGCAACCAAAGAAAAGACGCAGAAAAGAUAUAUUGAAGAAUGCUGGCGAAAACAAUGACGGUCAUGGAUCAAAUAAAAAUGUAAAAGUUGGCAGGCCAGCAUCUGGCAAAACAGCAUCACUACAGGCAAAAAAUAUGUUAAAUUUGUCUGACAAGUUGGGUGCACCUGAUGAACAUUAUGAAGACUUGAAACUUUUGAAUCAAUCAGAUGUCUCUGGAAUUAUUUCAAAAAAGAAAACUGCUGAUACUAAACCAACAUUGGACCCUUCCAUCUCUUUGAAAACAUCAAGUGAUGAUGUUCCUGGUGUAACAGAUGCAAAAGAUGCUGACAAGCAGAAAAUAGGAGCUUUUCAAUCUAAGAACAUUAGUGAUAAAUGUAAAGAUGGAACUGGAUCAUUUGAUGCAUCUCAUCAGAAGUACAAUGAAAAAAGUGCUUAUGCGCAUUCCAAAUCCCAACCUGGAAGAACCCCAACUAGUAUGGAUGAUGUGGAAAUUAUACGGACAAAAGAAAAAAGUGCUAUGUGUGAACUGCCAGAUCUUAACUUGUCCGAGGGAAAGUCUGCUACCCAAGCAAUAAAAUCUGAAAACAUGCAGAAGAAAGAGGGUUCUAGUGUUAGGCCAAAAGCUUCAAUGCUUGAAAAAGCUCUUCGUGAGUUGGAAAAAAUGGUUGCAGAAUCCAGGCCACCAGCAGUGGAUAACCAGGAUGCUGUCAAAAGGAGGUUGCCUAGAGAAAUAAAGCUAAAACUUGCUAAAGUUGCUAGACUAGCGGAUCAAGAAAAAAUUAAGAGGAAAAAGUUGCUGACACCUAAAACAGAGGAGAACGUUCGAUUUGAUACCAAUUCAAUUACUUCACAGCAGAGCCUACGAGAGAGAUCAGCUCCAGAGUCCAGCAGUCAUGCUUUAACUUCAGGGAACAAGCAAGUUUCUACUAUUACAAGCACAACUGGCCGGGUCCCCAGUCCAAUAAAUGGCCUAAAACAAGAAAAAGGCAAGGGAAGUUCAAGCAGUUCCCUGGAUGAUGUCAAGUUUGGAGAUGUUGUGCUAACAAAGAAGGUAAAGAGAAAACCAGAGGUUGAGUCGGAUUUAGUUCCUGAGAAGGUAGGUUCCUUGCAGGGAGAAGAAAGGCCUAGGUCCCUAAAGCAGCAGUCUACAGGGACACUUCCCACCAAGUCAAAUAAUCUUCAGCCAACAUCUCUCCCUGAUCUUGAACAGUCAAGCUAA